GCGAGUCAGACCAUUACAGAAAGUUAAAGAAGCCCAUCUGAGGUAUUGCGACAGAUGUCCAGCAGCAGCAGCAGCAGCAGGAGACAAAUGCAAAAGGCCACAGCAAAGUGAAGAAAUCGAAAGCGACAACCACCGACAUUGACACAGAAGAAAUUGGAUCAAAACCUGAAGUACAGUGCGAGGAAUGUAACAGGUGGUGCACGGAACAUCACUUGCGUCUUCAGAAGUUAUCAUGGCACAAGAAGGCGCAGAGAGUGUAGACAACGCCGAGGAUUCCGUAAAGGGCAACGUCACCAUCCUUGUUCUGGGAGACUUCGGCCACAGCCCAAGAAUGACCAAUCACGCUCUUUCUUUGGCCGCAGAAGGAUAUUCUGUUCAUGUGAUCGCGUACCGAGGAUCGCAACCAAAAUCCGAAGUUCUGAUGAACGACAGAAUUAGUCUUCGCCUGAUGAACGAACCGCCAGCGUUUCACAAGUACUUGCCGCGCUUGCUGGCGUACGUUGUGAAAGUGCUCUGGCAAUGUGUGCUGUUGAUGUGUUCACUCCUGUUCACGUUGCCAUCUUCGUCGCAUCUGCUUGUCCAGAAUCCUCCGUCGGUUCCAACACUUCCGGUGGCUUGGUUCUGCUGCUUGAUUUGUCGAAGCAAGCUCGUGGUGGACUGGCACAAUUACGGCUGGUCAAUACUAGCCCUCACGCUGGGGUCACGGAAUCAUCCGCUCGUCAGACUUUGCGCUUGGAACGAGAAAGUGUUUGGUCGCAAGGCCCACUCCGCGUUUUGCGUCUCCCGUGCAAUGAAGGAGGACCUUGAAAAAGAAUGGGGUGUCGUAUCCAAAGUGCUGUAUGACAGGCCUCCAGAAACAUUUAAGCCCCUGAAAGUAGAGGAAAAGCAUGACAUCCUAAAGAAACUGUCUUCCGAAUAUCCCGAGCUGCGAGAUCCGUCGGAAUCACCGGAUGCCACUCGCUUGACUCGGCUGGACGAUAAUGGUUCACUGGAGCUCCGUCACGAUCGGCCAGCGGUUCUUGUCAGCGCAACCAGCUGGACAGAGGAUGAAGAUUUCUCACUUUUACUCAACGCUCUUGAAGGGUACGACCAGCUCAAACAACAAGGAGACAACGAAUUGCCCGACAUUCUGUGCAUCGUAACAGGGAAAGGUCCACUAAAGUCGCACUACCUGGAAGAGGUUAAGAGCCGAUCCCUGAAGCACGUUCAAGUUAUGACACCGUGGCUCUCCGCGGAAGACUACCCGCUGCUGCUAGGGACGGCUGACUUGGGCAUCUGCCUCCAUACUUCGUCCAGCAAGUUGGACCUUCCAAUGAAGGUGGUCGACAUGUUCGGCUGCGGUCUGCCAGUCUGUGCAGUGUCAUACCCCUGUCUGGAAGAACUGGUGCAAGCCGGCAAGACGGGUCUAGUCUUUACAACCGCCGAAGAGUUGUUAGGUCGGCUUACGGAACUCUUGGCAAGCUUUCCGAAGAAUACGGAAUUGUUGGAUUCCUUGAGGGCGAGCGUGCUGCACUGGCAGACGGAACGCUGGGAGCCAAACUGGAAGUCCACGGCUCUGGAAGCAUUCCGGAUUUAGUCCGGAUACAGUGGUCAGCGAUGGUUCAUGUUCCUACGAAGGUGAUAUUGCUGUAAAUAAAAUAAUCGGUUUUUCUUCGCUGGUGAACAUCA